AUCUGUCAGUGAACUUUACCCUGGGCACAACCGCAGUCAUCUGUUAUUUCAUGAAGAAGCAACUUGUAGACAAUAGAACACUGGACGUGCACUGUGACCUCACGCAACUAAUUGAUACAAUUGACCUGACUGGCCGGUCUGUGGGCUUCUUAUGCUCCGUCCAUGUCAGCGGAGGUCGUAAUGUGGCUUUGAAGGCUUGGACAUACCAAGAUACUACUGAUGUUCAGUUAGUCAGAGGCAUCAGCCUACGUUUCUCCUCGGACAAAGCAGUUGAUAGCAACACUGACGGAAACUUCUACAACAGCUUGAGUUGCUCACGAACUGCUAGCCACCGGGCACCGGGAUUCCCUCUUCCCACAUGGAUUGUGAAAUUGUCAAGGGAGUUUGCAGUCAAUAGAUACGCCAUACACAAUAGAAGGGAUGUACAAGCAAAUCUCCUAACGGGGUUCAGAUUAUAUAGCUUCGACUCCCAGAACAACUCACAGUUUGUAUUCAAUAACACGGACACGGUAACAAAGCAAGUGUACACAAUCAACCAUAUGCCUUUACCUAUCAAGGCGGUCGUUGUGAUGGCCACCAACAGAAACGGCAUUCUGGCACUGUGUGAGGUUGAGAUUUACGGAG